GACGACCCGAUUAAAGCUUGCAGUAUGAUUCGUUAGCUCUCUGUUACAAAACAUUCCCAAUGUUGAGCCGACAUUCACCGUGAUUGCGCCCGCUCUGAAGUUUCCAUUUUCCGUCCGUGACACCAACCUUUAAGGCCUUGCACAUAGCUGAUGUGAUUAACUACCGUCGGUGGGGGCACCUCGGUUGAUAAUUCUUGGCCCUCCGUCAAAUAUUCAUACCGCCUCGGCGCGUGGCGGCCGGAACUAACGUGGCGUCACUGCCAAUGUUGCGGUCUCUGUUGCGUCGUCGUCAUGUCAACUAUCAGACGAGUCGCCGCCCAGCCCAUGCUGAAACUAACGUUUCGUUGGCGUCGUCGGUUCCGUCGUCGGCUUCGACGCUGGGCAUCUGUUUUGUCUCUGAUAAAGCCUCGGCGCCGGUCGUCGAGCGCGGACGUCCGAUAUGUCGGCAGCGCUGGGCGCCACACUGCGCCGAUUGUCUCUGUUAUCACUCAGCGUUCUAACGCUGGCCAGUAAAUCUCAGUUCACCAAGAAGCCGGUCCAGUUCACCGAUUCACCCGUAUCAAGUUUCGCCGCUCCGUCGCGUCUGUUCUGUUCGGCCAAAUGUCAGAGGCAGGAGGCGACUGCUUGCGGCGGAUUCGUCUACGGAGGUGAUGGAAUGUGUCACCUGUACAAUGGGCGAAACGUGUGCGAGGGACCGGCUACCCCGCCCGACGAGGGCCAGCCGACGUCAGAGCGAUGGAUCAGAUCAGUCUGCCCAGGAACCAUCGGCUCGCGUUGCAGCUGUCCCCCCGGUUUUACGCGCUGCGCCGGUCGCUGCUACCGUCGAAUCGCCCUAAAGAAGGUGCUCUACGCCGAAGCGGAGAGCCAGUGCGCCGCGCUGGGCGCCCACCUGGCCGUGCCCCGUUCGGAAGCCGAGAACCAGUGCGCUAUCAAUCUGGCUGUUGGCGAUGAUGUCUGGUUGGGAGUCACCGACGAGGUCACCGAAGGCACGUGGAUGGGGAAGGACACCUGCGGACGAGUGUCGCCUCCUGCAGCCUGGUGGAUGUUCGGCGAGCCCAACAACUGGGGCGAUACCAACAACGCCGAUUGUAUCUACAUCCGCUUUUCGGCGGAGUGGGCGGACUGGGACUGCCCCACGCUGAGUUUUCCCCUGUGUCAGCUGUGGCUGUGUCAUAGAGAAGAUUGCGCCUGAGCAGGGCGGGAGCAGAGCUCAGACGCCAGCACAAAUGCACACCAACAUUUUUGAGUGGUUAAUGUAUAUUCAAAAAGCUGGAACAGAGUGGGGUUAAGGGCUGUGCGUUGGUAACGGUUUCAGUUCAAUUUGCUCGUUCCGGUAAUUAUUAAAAUUGUGUAAAGGUAUGUAACAUAACCCGACAAAGAUAACAAUGGUGCAUGCUGCUGCUGCCUGCAAUAACGUGCGCUGCGUUUCGGCAGAAAAAUAAAACGCGAAGAUAACACUUCGGUCUAAACAAUAGACAUAUUUUACUUACUCGAAGAAGGUAUUCAAGAGUACAUUGAAUAACAAUAAUUGAUUAUUGCUCCCGCCGGCACAGGCCAUUUUGUGUCCUUCGACGGCACAGGAGAGGGGGGGAGGGUACAACCCCCUCGCGUUUGCCCCCUAAUUAAGCUAGACCCUCGCGGAAAAAAAUCAUCGUGUAGGUCGUCAUGAGACGAAGCCAACGGUACCUGGUUUUAAGGUCAUAGGUCAAAUGGUGACCUCUGAGGUCAGGUCAAUGACCCAAAAGUCGGGAAAAUCGGUACCUGUUAGAACGUCGUAAAGUGUGGCUGCCUCAGGGUUUAUCGGGGUGCUGAUCACGAAUAUCGUGUUAGUUUUGAUCACAACGUUGCCUUCAUACAUUUAGGCCAGGUCGAGUCAGGUCAGGUCAAGUCAACCAGUAAGGGUCCUGCAGGGUGUUCGCAGUAGGUGUCAACCACCUCCGACAGCUUCGUAACAUGUUACGAAGGUACCAAAACUAUUUCGUAAAUGUUCAAAUUGUUGCUAAAUUCGAAUGCAGCUCCAAAAACUAGCCUAGAAACAUAUAAAACUCGAAAAAGUGAACCAAGGUCAUCAAAGCUCAGUGUCCAGUGACCUGACCUGACCUUCAGGUGACAUUGACACCCACCCUAAUGCAUGGGACCAACAUCAUAUCACCUGUUUGAACGCUUGAAACCACGCAAAGACUGCAAACGCGCCGCUAAUGCGAGCCGACAUACGAAUUGUUGAGAUGAAAAAUGAAAUGCCCUAGGAGUGAGGACGCGAUCGAGAAGUGUACAAUAGUGUACUGUGCGGAGUUUGUCAGCGUCUAACGUGUAGGAGGGAGGGGGGGGGGUCGGUCGGACCCCCCCCCCCCCUGCCGUUCGAUCCCUGAUCGUGCUAGAAGUUCGGCACUGAUGUCCAAAGGUCAGAGCGCAAUCUGCACGUAAUUGUUGCAAAAUUAACCCAACGGUUAGGGUCGGUCAAGCGAAAGGUGAUGGCUUGCUUAUCGUGUAUAAUUUAACUCAAGAACAGAUGGUUAUCUUAUUCGUGAGCGUUGGUCUAAAUACGCAUGUAACCGUUAACUUUAUCACGAGUACAGCCGUAUUGUGGGACAAAAGCGCGUGAGCGGCUGAUCUAAGACGUUUUAUUUUGUUGAGUGUGUUGCUGCCAUAACGUUAUUGUUGCAAAGUUAGUCAUAUAAAGUAUCAACAUGCAUAGUAUAUGCCUACUACACAUAGCACACUGCUCAGUGCACCGGCUUUUCGUAUAAAAAAAAAACACAGACAUUGGCCGCACAACGGUAAGAAGUUACGGCUUACGAUCGCAUGACCGUUUCAUCAAAAGCAGAGGAAGCUCGGACAACGCCAUAAAAGGUAUUCGCAACCCAUACUUUUAUAUACCAAAUAGUAUAAUAAUCCAAAUUCUUAUAGAAACAACCUCAUAAUCAUAUGGGAAAAGAUCGCUGACAAGCAAUGAUGGACAGAGAGUAUAAAAUUUAUUACAAUAGUGUAACGUCUAUACUCGAUGCAUAGACCUCUGUCUACCUCUGUAUACAGAGGUCUAUGCUCGAUGAUAUUCACACCUGUCCGUGCUUCUAUCCUCAGGAUACUGAAAUCCUUCUCCUCCACGCCACAACCCCCUUCCGGGCUGGGCAGGCAACUUUAUCUCAUGCGGGCUGCUCCCUUGGAGCGGCACCGCUGCUCCCGAGGGAGCGCACCCCGUAGCCGGGUGCAGUGAGUGCCUUGGGGCUGGGUGGCCUGUCCUCUGGACGGGCUCAGCCCCGGCGACUCACUAGGGUGCCUGCCCAGACCAAUGUCUCCCCCUAAUUCCUAUCAUCCUUCCGGCUCUGCAAUGGUCUUGUCAGACCGAAAGGGCCUAACCCAACAAAACAACCAAACAAACGAUGAUAUUAUGAUCAAGCAUAACACGCCUCACUUACAUAUGUGUGACGACAUCUUUCACUGGUCACGCUACACGCGCGUGACCUGAAGAAUCAUAGGACCAUUCUGGCGUACUUUGGCUCACAGUGAAUGCGUUAUUCAGUGCGAUUAUUCAUACCUAUAGCUGGAAUAGAUAUGACGCAUUCCACCCAAUAAAUUCACGAAGAGCCGACCGAUAAAAGCCAGAUGAAAGAUGAAAGUCCUCUACCAAUGAAAGCCCAGCGUAUUCCAACACAAUAGGAGCAUAGACCGAUAGCGUUCCUUUCAAGCGUAAGUUAUGACACAUUUUCACUAUGGAGUGUACCGGAUAGGUAGGUAUGUAUAUACAGUCUGUCUUAAAAGUACUGCGCAAAGUGACGGUGGAUCCUUCAAGCCUGACCGAGGAAUGGCCUGCUAUAAUCUAAAAGUCACCGAACCGAUUGACCUGGGGAAUGGACGAGGAUGUCAAUUGCUUCGGUGAAGCUAUAUAGGCAAGGCACUUUAUAGCCAUCGGCCAUCGCUCAUAUCUUCCCCCGUAAUAAACACCCGUGGAAAGUGCUCGACGUUGAAACUGAUGUCGUUGGGGCCAUACCUAUACAUCAUACAGAUAUAUAAUAACACACUGUCACCGAGGGGACGAACAAAAUUAUGAAUCUAAAAUACCUACCUAUUCUUUUGAUUUAUAGGGCGCCAUCAUAAACCCUGGAUACAGAGAUCGAUGGUGCACAUACCUACCAGAACAGUAAAGUCCCCAACAUUAUUUGCGCUCUAUACGUUCCCUGCGCUCUAUACGUGUUACACAUUGCACAUUCCGACUUCAGUAAUUCUGAUCUUAUCAUCCAGCGACG